AUGUUCGCCAAUGUCAUUCAUCUCGCGUCGCUCGCCGUUCUCGCCUAUUCCGAGAGAUCCACUCUAAUUUCCAUCAAGCACGGAGCUGACUACGUCGAUGUUCGUCAUCUGCCCGAAAUGCUGAGGGAUGCCGGUCUCACACCCGACCCGAAGAUCGUCGCUUUCCUGGAUACCACUGAGAUCAGGAGUCUCGAGUACGUCCAUACUCAAGUGGUCAAGACUUCAGCUUCCAGCAUCGAUAGCGGUGCUCUCUGCAGCUUCGUGACUUCAGCCAGCCGCAAUCUAGCUCUGCGUUCCGAAUGCGCUAUUGAUCAAUAUGCCGAAAUCUUCAGUAUACCAGAUAGCGACGAAUACGACAAGGACCUUCAUGUGAACGAUCGCGAUGCUCGCUUCCAAAGGCAUCUGAAGUGGAUGAAAAUGGGCGAAGUAUGGCAGCUCCUUCUCCCUCAUGUCCAACGGGCUGUCAAGGUCGCCGUUAUCGAUUUUGGCAUUGACUGGACCGAUCCAGAUUUCGCCCCCUUGAAGGCCACUCUAAAGAAGAGGAGCGGCGGCGUUGUGGACGGGGGAUGGAACUUCGUCACUGACUCGUCUGUUUUGACGGACCCUAUUGAACAUGGGACCCACAUCUGCAGACUCCUUGCCGCCAAGAGCAACAAUUCCGUCGGUUUGGCGGGGGUCGCCCCUAAUGUAACAUUGGUGCCACUACAAAUAGCAAUCAAGAGAAGGCUCGACCUUUCUAGGGUGCUGGAAGCUAUAGACAUGGCAAUCGAUCUGGAGGUUGACAUCGUGUCCAUGUCGUUCGGAUUUUCUCUCGAUGACCUAACUCAGGAAUCAAGAUAUCUGUUAAUGAACGCCCUCUACUUUCUAGAAGAGAAUGAUAUAAUAUUCGUAUCUGCAGCUGGGAAUGCUGGUAUCGACGCCAGUCAAAUUUUUCCUUGUUCGUACGGUGGCCCAUUCGGUAUCUGCGUAGCCUUUCUGGAUGAUGACAAGAAGCGGAAUGUUCUCCACGAGUAUUCAAAUUGGGGGGAUAGGGUUGACGUUGCUGCUUAUGGGACGAGAACCCUCGUCGGUCGUUACGCAGACGGUACCCUGCAGAGAUCCAGCGGCUCAUCAGUGGCAGCUCCGCUCGUUGCUGGCCUCGCUGCUAUCCUUCUUUCGAUGAGCAUGGAGCCGAUCAUGGUAAAGCGUUUGAUACUGUUGGGAGUGGAACCGGUCAAGAGUGACACAUCUCAAACUCUACGAGUCGGAGGUGGUGCCAUAAACCCUCUUCGCACCGUACAGGAAGCCAUCCGGAGGUUUAUAUAA